GAUUAGUUCGGUUUGAUCCGAGUUGAUGGAUUAAAGUGGAAAUGAGCGAUAAAUUGUACCAGUAACUCAGUUUAAUAAAGACGCUCAUGCCCCAUGUGACGAGCCCUCGUGCCACUGACUCACAGUCAUGGAUAGCUUCAGAAAUCUAGAAGAUGAGACGUUUCCCAGUCUCCUGUCUAACGCUUCGCUGGGCAGCAGUGGCCGGGCCACCCUGGGCGAUGUUACCCUGGGCUCCACUCUUGGUGUUCCGGUGGCCGCUUCUACUGUGGCUAAAAGUAGAACUGCAGCAAACGACAGGUUAACCGACGUCCAAGCAUCUUAUCUGGAUGACGGCUCACCUUAUCUGAUGGCCUCUCAAACCUUACACUGCGAGAGGGAAAAGUUUGCACUCAGCUUCAAAGAUGAUCUGGAGGAUGCAGGCAACUUCGUUGCUGCUAACCAGUUUGCAGAUCUGUUGGUCAAGGUAGAUCUGGACGAGUCCGAAUGCGCGUCCACGUUCAAGACCUCGGCUGCAAAAGUGGAAGCGGCUCCUGUACCUGCUCGACCCUCCGAUUAUCCUGAGGACAUUUCAACUGGCUUAUUGACGUUUUCUCACAUCGGAGGGAAAGAACACACAGCCGCUCAGGCUUCGUUGGUUCCGGGGAUCAUACAGGAAGAGAGUCCGGAGAGUGAGGCGGGGGACAGUGACGGGCUGAGCGGCAGCGUCACGAGCUUCCUCGCUAAUGAGAAGCUGAUGUCGCUCGACAGCAUGAACAGUGACAUCACGGAUGAUGAGAUUGACUUGGACAAUCUUCAUGAUGAUGAGUUAAAGCUGUACUUUAACAAGCUGAUUCCUCCAGGCAUGCAGAGAGGUCGAGUGGAAGGCCAAGAGAUCCCCGUUCCUGACCUACCCAACGGUCAAGCUAGUGUUCCUGAACCAGCAACGUCCUUCAAUGCCAGAAGCAUUUUUUUUAAUAAUUAUGAUGAGAGGAACUUUUGCAUGCCCGAUGUGCGGCUGGCUGCCACGGGUAUGGACUCGUGUCCUGCGAGCGACGAGGACACCGAGGAUGAGCUGGAAGCUGUUCGGAACCACAGCGGCACCAGAUUCCUGUUACCCAGCACCUCAAGACAGCUGGUUGGUGAAAGCAAUCGCCCUCAUUUCAGACCAGGACUGGAAGGAGGAAGUUCUGAUGAUGAGCCUCAGCCGGGGUUACGGUCAUCGGGCUCCAGGACGGGCAUCGAGCAUCGCCGCUCUGCUGAGGGACAAGUCAUCGACUCGGCGGUCACAGGAGAUGGUGGAGGGGGUGAUGGGAGCAGCGGGAGCGAGGAGGACGGGAAUGACGGCGGGGUCUCCACGGUUCCUCUGCCGGCUGGUGUGCAGACCACAUAUGACGUGCUUCGUGGGUUAGGCAUCGUAGGAGGGAGUGGAACCGGCGAGGAUGAAGAAAUGCUCGCCGAGUUACCUGGAUUAGGCAGAUUUACCUCCACGGAACGUAGUCGGAUGGGCGAUCGUGUGGGUCCUGUCGGUACAGUUGAAACCGAGACUUUUGCUCAGAGUUCUGGACCUGCCAGCGUUUCUGCAGCUCAGAAUGGACAAGAGGACGCCUCGAGUAGUUCACACUCUGAUGCCACACCAGACGAACGCUUCGACUCCAUGUACCUAAGAUCUGCUGGAGGUCACCUACAGGACUCUACAUUCGCCUCCUCCGCCCUUCAGGGCACCCGGAGCAGUUUCCACCUCUCUCUUGCCAAAGAGAAUUUCGGGCAGGGCUAUAAGGGCAACGACCGGGAGCACACCGCAGACUUUAAUGCUUUAGGGCUUCGCGGGGGGCCCUGUGGGAACUCGGUCAGUCUGGCUCAGCCUCCUAACAGCGGUGGAGAAUCUCUGGAGGACAAGUAUCUCUCUCAGAGCUUCCAUCGCAAUGAAGAGGAGACGAGCGACAUUUGGAAUCACCGUCCGGACGAUGUGGCGCUGGAGUUCCAACAAGACGCGAACGCUGCUCACGGUGUCGUGUACCAGAAUGAGGAGGGUAAAUGGGUGACUGAUCUAGCGUACUACUCCUCAUUCGACAAGGAGGCAAACCUGCCCGAGGAGGUCGCUGUCCAGUUCCAGUCUGAGGAGUUCAUUGGUGGGGGUCAGGCCAUUGAGAAGAUCAUUGAAGAUCAGAAUGAGUAUGAGAAGGAAAAUCAGUUCAUGCAGGAAGAGAAAAUCGAGGCCGUGAACGGGAGCGCGCUUCUCGGAGACACCUCUUGGAAAUGUACCAGUAGCAGUAGCAUUCUGAUGAGGGCGUCUCAGGCCUCGUCCGAUUUCGAGAAGAGGAACCAGAGUUACUUGCGUAUUUCUCUCGGGGAGUUUUUUCAGCAGAGGUCUGAGGCUUUGGGCUGUUUAUGGAGCGGCGAAGAUGUUAAAAGGCCAUCAUUCGGUUAUAUCAUCAACUCUCCAGAGAAGCGGGAGCCUUUCGCUCUGAUCAGGCCGUCAGAUUUCUCUUCCAGAGGGAGCUCGGUUCACAGCGACGCCGACGACACCAUGAAUCCAGAAGAUUUAGAGAAGACGCUCGAACCCGCACCGGCGCAGCAGCCACCACAAAGCUGCCCGCAACCCAAAGACGUAACGGUUUCACCAGUUUCUCGAGUGGGCGGCGGCUCUGCGUCGUCCAGCUCCUCCAGCGGCAGCCUGGCACUGAGCAUCAGCACCAUCGCGUCAGCCAUCGCAGACGCCUCGGUCAGCUCGGACCCCGCCCAGCUCGCGGCCAUGAUCGUGGAGCUGUCGAAGAGGAGCCGCGCCGAACGGACCGUUUUACAGGACACGCUUCAGAAAACCGCGUCGCCGGGCGACGCGAGCGCCCUCGACAUGGAGAAGUACCUCAAACUGGCGGAGGUGUCCGGCAGCGACAGCGACGCCUCCAGCUCCCGGUCGUGUCUCGACGUUCUCAGCCUGGCCGACUCUCACCGCUCGUCCUCUACCCCGAACGACGCCAGUCAUGCCGGUGGAGCUCCUUCGAAUAACACGUCCAGACGCUCUGCGGACGCUGCAACGGUGGUGAAAAAAAGCGGCAUCCCCAGACCCAGAUCUAGCAGCAUCCCGACUGCCGCGGCUCACCCGGCCAGAAGAUCCGCAGGUUCCAGCCAAUCGUCCCUCGAACCUAAACCUCUUCAAGCCAAGUCCGGUCCUGAGAGAAGCACAGGCGACCAGCACCGUGCCAUCACGCCGUCUCCGGGGCGUCGAAGUUCCUCAGAGUCCGGGGUCAAAAUGGGCACAGCUCGGCCCCUAGUGUCCGGAACGGCCCUCUCUAUUAAGAGUAACGACUCCGUGUCUAACCCUAAGACCUCCCCCGGUCUUGGAAGCGCCGGACGAAGGAGCUCUCCGCACGGACCCCGGAGUAAAGAGUCCUGUAGAGAGGAAACGCGAUCGCUGAAGAGUCCGAGAGUCUCUCAGGCUGCUGGGAAUGAGAAGAAUUCCUUUCCGACUGCUCAGUGUACAUUUGCUUCUCCCGAGCGCGGUGCAUCCGGUGCCGUGGAGGCCAGCCAUUGCUCCUUCAGACCAUCCACCUCUCCACUCACCCAUUCAAGCCCAAGCCAGACUUCACUGCCUAGUGGAUAUGGGGACUCGUCGCCUUCAUCUACUGGUGGUGCUGGUGAGAGGAGUCCGGGAGCUGAACCCCUCUCCCCACAGUCGCACUGUUCCAGUCCGUCUAUCAGCAGACUCACGUACCUGUCUAUAAAUGAAAACACGGUCCUGCCCACUCCUGAUCAUCGUAAGAACAAUAACUCCAUGUCUCUGAGCACCACCAUCAUCAGAGCUAGUCCCACCCCACCGGUGGAACCUCCCGACUCGGGCGAGCUUCUCGGUCACGGUGGAGACUCGCGUCCUCGCGCCAAAGCACCCGAUUCCACUCGCGAGACUUCAGGAGUCGGCUCACCUGUCCAGAGCAAAUACGACCACCAUAAAGACUUCAGGAGUCGCCAGUCUGAGCCUCAGCUCGGUCUGUACACCCGGGUGGAUUCCGGCUACUCCAGCAACCUUAACAUCCACCAUCAGUCCGGAGGGGCGACCGAUCGGGACACCAACGCGGCGCCCGACGUCUCUGGAGCGGGCGGUGAAGCUUUCUCCGGGCCGCACUACGCUCUUCAUCCUCCGUACAAACCCGAGCGCCUGCCGUACGCCUCGGCUUCGGGCUACGGCUGCCGGAAUGCUUUGCCGGACGUACCCGCCGGUGUGGCGGCUCUUCUGUCCGGGCGGUCGCUCUUGAACACCCAGCUCCCCCCGCAGUACGUUACCUCCGAAGGAGCGCUGCAGGCGUCCGGUUAUCAUCUAGCGCCUCUCGCUGGAGCGUUCGGUCUUCCAACCGCGACUAACCUAACGUCUGGCUACGUGAGUGCUCAUCACUACCCCCUGAGCAAACCCUUCGGUGUAGGGGCGUGGCCCGAUCUCAGAACCCAAGUGGUCGUCCCGGACGAGCUCAAGUUUCCUGGUUCCUGUUGUGUCGGUAUCGCCUGCCAGACGUCCCUCAGCAUCUUUAACCCCUCCGAGCGCUGGCAGCAGGUCGCCAUGUCUGUCGUGAAUCUGUCCAUCGACGGAGAGAAGGUGGACUCGCUACCCUACCAGUGGCUGAUCGUGAAGCACAAGACCAUUAUCGGACCCAAGAGCACCGAGGAGCAGAAGGUGCUGCUGAUCGCCCCCAGGGCCGGCCUGUACCAGUGCACCCUCAGCGUCUCGUCCUGGCCCGCCUCUGCCGAGAGCGAGACGGUGGCGCAGGCCGAAGCCUUCGCCAAAAAAGUGGUGCUGAUUGCCGUGGCUGAGAACCCUGCUAUAGAGGUGGACGUUGGUAAGACGGGGUGUCUGGAUUUCGGAGACUUGGCAGGUGGCGGCGUGAAGUCGUUACCGCUCAAGCUGGUGAACAGAACUCGUGCCACGGUGCCCAUUCGUUUAGUCAUCAGCGCGAAUGCCUCAGCCUGGCAUUGUUUCACCUUUUCUAAAAGUCCCGUGGCUCUGACGGGCGACGGCUCUCUCCAUUCCGGCGGGAACCUGCCCUCCGUUUCGGUCAUCAACCACGUCAUGCAUUCCAGCUGCGGAGACAAUCCAGACAGCUUCAUGGUGUGGGUUCUCUAUAACGCGCCUCAGAGAUUCAACACCAACUCAGUUGAUUUGGGGCCGGCGGAUGAAUUCGGCGCUCGUGUGGAUAUCGAGGUGGACAGUCCCGGCCCCAGUCGCGUCAUCCAGAGUGUUGGUCUGAGAGCCAGGUCCGGAACCGCCAGAGUCCACGCGCCCAAGGACAUGCAGACACUUUGUUUCCGAUCUGCACCGGGUCAAUCAGCCAGCCAGACUUUGCCGUUGAAGAAUGCCGGCAACAUUGAUGUCCACCUUAAACUAAAGAGUACCGACGGUGACGACGGCUUUACUGUGAAACCAGACGAGCUCCUCUUGCGAACUGGAGAAGAACAAAGCGUGGGGGUCACUUUCACCCCCCAGGGCUGCCGGACGCAGGGGAAGAGUCUGUUGACCAUCCUGGUGCUGCCCAGUGGUCCCCAGUAUGAGGUCGUCCUGCAGGGAGACGUGGUCCAGGACGGUCGUGGACAUGUCUCGUCUGCGCCGGGUGCAGCGCCCCAUAGCGAUGUUCCACCCAUCCUCUCCAACAAGCAGUUCAUGGCCUGGGGAGGAGUCACUCUAGGCAGGGCUGUGCAGCAGAAGCUGAUCUUGAGGAACAAUUCUACAUCUACAUCACAGCAGCUGCGUCUUCUCAUUAGAGGUCAGGACCAGGACUGCUUCCAGCUGCAGAGUUCUUUCGGACCCGAUGAGCGCCUGACCCGGAGCAGGGAGCUGUUGAUCAAACCCAAGGAGGACGUAGCCGUUCAUCUUCUGUUCGCCCCGACCCGCGUCGCUGCCAUGCUGGCCAAGCUGGAGAUCAAACAGUCUGCCGUGCGACCUUCUCAACCCGGAGUCAAAUUCACUAUUCCGCUUUCUGGCUACGGUGGGACGAGCAACAUAAUCCUGGAGGACCUGAGGAAGCGCUCCGAAGGUUACGUGGCCACCUUGAGCGGAAUCCAGGCCGGCAGAGUCAGCAAGCUGUGCGUGUGCGUGAGGAACACGGGUUCCCGAGCCGCGUUUAUCCGAGCCGUGCCGUACGGCGACCUGGAGAAGCGGACGCUCGUGGACUCGGCGGUUAUCAGCCUGUCGCCGUCACAGUUCGUACUGAAGGAAAGGACUCAGGAGGUGAUGACUGUGGUGUUGAAGGCUUCCUGUAGAGAGCAGCUUCUCUGCCAGUCCCACGCUGCUCUCCUGGCCACGGUCUGCCUCUUCUGUGGAGACGAGGUCUCACGCCAACAGUUCAGGAAGUUAUUGAGCAUUAAACCAGACGCAGGAAAGAAAGUGUUGUCAGAAAACAGUUUAUUAAAGAGCGUUUCGUUUGACGAGCCUUUCCUCGGAGAGGAGUUGGUUCAGGAAGCCUAUGACCUUCCCCAGAGGCCGAACGAGGCUCAGAUCUUCUACGGCAACAUGAGUAAAGUUAUACUGUCACUGCUGGGAACAGUGAAGACCGCGGGCUCAGGGGAGAGCGACCAAAUUGAGCUCGUCAGGCCCUCGCAGCACCAGGCGACCGACUCGGACAGCGUUUUGGGGACGUCAGAGCGACACUUCAGUAACGUCUCGUUGGAUGUGCUGCCGGUGAAAGGGCCGUCGCUGUGCGUGUCGGAAGGCGCGAUGAAACGGAUCGAGCCUUCUGUAGGGAACACGUGGCACAUCCAGCCUGAACAGUUGGUGCUUACGGCACCCAGCAUCAACAGUGCAGCUGAUACCGGGCAUGUGCGGCUCCUGAACCGUACGGACCGGGUGCUGAGCUUCGAGCUGUCCUGGCCUGCGCACUGCCUGACCAUCACCCCUCAACACGGAGUCAUCGAGCCCCAGAGUCACCUACAGAUUCUCAUCAGCCCGAACCCCUCCCUGGCUACCAGACCUUCCCUGCUUCCCUGGAGUGGACAGAUCUACGUCCAGUGUGACGACCAACAGAAGUUCAUUAAGGUGCAGAUUCGUCAGGACCUUGCUAUGGACACCUCCACCGCCGGUCCGUCCUCGGAGCGCUCGCUGUGCCCCCUGCCUCCCCAGACAGUGACCCCGGUGGGCCCGGGUGUUAGACCCCAGCUCGGCAGCCCACAGACCCAGGUGGAAAUUAAGAACCGCACGCUGGUGUUUCCUCCCAGCUGCUCUGGAGAGUCGUCAGAAUGUCUUUUGGAGGUGGAGAACCAUGGGGAAGAAGUUAGGUGGUACCUUUCUUCUUUUGCACCUCCUUAUGUAAAGGGUGUCGAUGGCAGCGGGGAUGUUUAUCGGGCCACGUAUACAGCAUUUAGAUGUGAAAAAAUGUCUGGGAUUCUAGGGCUCAACGACAAGUUACUGGUCCCGGUCACUUUUCUCCCGCGGGACGGGGGAGACUAUGCGCAGUUCUGGGAUCUGGAGUGCCACCCAGUGUCCAAACCACAGCAGAAGAGCCGCGUCCGCUUCCAGCUCUGUGGCACCGGCGUGAGGGCUGGUGCAGGGCUCGUCCUUAAAGAGCAGAGCACUCUGGUACGAACAGACGCCAACGUGAAGAGCAGGAGGAGGGUCGAGCCUGCAGGCACCAAGACCAAUGCCGAGCCCCCCAGGAGAGGAGUGUACGCCCCUCAGAGCCUCUACACGUUCCCGGCCACACGCGUCGGUGAGGUCAGCACGCUGAAGGUGAACUUCCGCAAUAACUCGUCUAACACUCAUGAGCUGAGAUUCUUAAGUCCUGCAGAGCCGUUCUACAUCAAGCAUGUCAAAUAUUCCCUCAGGACGCAGCAUUACAUCAACCUGCCGGUGCAGUUCAAGCCGACCGCCGUGGGUCGGUUCUCCGGCUCGCUGCUGGUUCAGACAGACACCGACGUUAACCUCAGUGUAGAGCUCACCGGUGAAGCUUUACCGUAAUGCUAUGUGCCUCAGCGCUGAUCAUGAUUUUAGCGGCUGAAAUCGAUAUAUAAGCUCCUCGGAUCCCUCAGUUUAUUUUAGAAGUCAGACAUCUCACUGAAGAACCAACUCGGAUCCCGGCACCAUCAUUCAUCAGGAUCUUUAUUAAAAAGUACAAUUUUUUUAAAGAUUCUUGCUUGGAAAUGUAAUGCACUCUUGAAACACUUCUUAAAAAAUGUCUAAUUUCAAAAUGCUAAAGUUAAUCAUUAUUUUGCACAUUUUGUACACUAUAGAUGUAUUUCUGUGUUAUUUAUUUUAAAU